UGAAGUUCUAAAAUCAUUAACUUAAUUCUCUUUUUCUUCUCUUCAUCUUCAACUUUUCCCACUUGAAUCAUGAAAUUUCAACAAAAUUCUUGAUGGGUUUUUUCAAAAUUGCAAGUUUCCUCUUCUUCUUCUUCUCCCUCCACCUCAUUAUUCAAACAAACACUGCCAUUGUCAAAUCCCAGAGGAUCGAUCAGAUCAAUCCAGGUUUUAGAGCUUCUGCAUCAGAAUUCAACCACACAAAUGGAGUUUUUCUCUUAUCGAAAAGCUCCGUUUUCGCUCUUGGCUUCUACGCCGGUGCUAAUGACAAUACAUUCUCACUCGGAAUCAUACACAUUUCCAGUUCAAGAGUAAUCUGGACAGCUAACAGAGAUUCUCUGGUCAACGAUUCUGCCUUUUUUGUGUUCAAUGAAACAGGGGAUGCUUAUUUGGAUGUUUCCGGCCAGAAUCAGACUACGGUUUGGUCGACAGAGACGGCUCAUGAAGGCGUCCUUUCAAUGCAGCUAUUGGAUUCUGGGAAUUUGGUUUUAAAGAGUAAAAAUGGAAGUUUUAUUUGGCAGAGCUUCCAUUUUCCGACCGACACCCUUUUGCCCGGCCAGGUUUUUUGGGAAGGAUUGAAGCUCAAAAGUUACCCAAAUGAUAAUGAUCUCUCGAAUUUUUUAGAAUUCAAACAAGGCGAUUUGGUUCUUUCCGCUGGUUAUCAGAAUCCCCAAAUUUAUUGGGCUCUGUCAAAUGAUAGCCGGAAAAUCCAGAGGGCCACCACCGGCGGCAGUGGGUAUGUUCUGUUUGCGAUUUUGGAGUCUAAUUAUUGGAAUUUCUACGGCAUGGAAGGGGAAUUGUUAUGGAGUUUCAAAAUUUUCUGGCACUUUAAUAGGAAAGACCGAUGGAUCUCUGUUUUAAACACCGAUGGAACGAUUUCAUUUCUGAAUUUGGAGAACAGGAAAUCAGCAGAGCCAGAGACAAUUCGCAUUCCGGCAGAAAUAUGUGGCGUUCCGGAGCCUUGCAAUCCUCUUUUCAUCUGUUACUUCGACAAUCAUUGCCAAUGCCCUUCGACGAUUCUAGACAAAAAUUUCAAUUGUAAACUCCCUUCAAUUCCCUGUAAUGGCAGUUCUAAUUCCACCAAGCUUCUGUAUUUGGGGGAAAAUCUUGAUUAUUUCGCUCUUCGUUUCUCAACGCCUUCGUUCAAUUCUGAUUUGAGCUCUUGCAAAACAGCUUGCUUUAGUAAUUGCUCUUGCAAUGUAAUGUUCUAUGAACCAGUUUCGAGAAAUUGCUACUUCUUCAAUGAAAUCGGAAGUUUACAGCGAUCAGAAGGAGGUUCUGGUGGGUACAUUUCUUAUAUGAAAACAAACCUCCCGAUCAAUGGAAACAACAGCGAAACGAACCCAAGUCCAAACAGAAGAAAGCACAUUGUGCUUAUGAGUUUACUUAUGGCUGCAAUGGCUCUGGGGUUCAUGGGGUUGCUGUGUUUUUUGUUCUACCGCCAGAAAAUGAAGGAAUUGUUAAGCUCCAUUGAUGAAGCGACGGAGGAAGAUAAAUUUCUCAAUGAGAUCUCUGGUGCGCCAAUGCGGUACAGCUACCGGCAGCUCCGGAGAGCGACAAAGAAUUUCUCCACGAAAAUCGGGGAUGGAGGAUUCGGGUCGGUUUAUUUGGGAAAGAUGGGAGAUGGGUCGAGAUUGGCAGUGAAGAAAUUGGAGAGAAUUGGACAAGGAGGGAGAGAGUUCCAAGCAGAAGUGAGUUUGAUCGGCGGGAUCCACCAUGUGAAUCUUGUGAAGCUGAAAGGGUUUUGUUCCGAAAGUCUUCAUAGGCUUCUGGUUUAUGAGUAUAUGAGCAAUGGAUCCUUGGAUAAGUGGAUUUUCAACAAGAAAGAGGAUGAUCUGCUUUUGGAUUGGAACACAAGAUUUAGCAUUGCAUUGGGUACGGGGAGGGCAUUAGCGUACCUUCAUCAAGAAUGCGAAUCAAAGAUAAUCCACUGCGACAUAAAGCCAGAGAACAUCCUUUUAGACGAAAACUUCACACCCAAACUCUCUGAUUUUGGAAUGGCCAAAUCAAUGGACAAACAACACACCUCCAUCUUCACACAGCUUCGUGGAACCAGAGGCUACGUCGCUCCAGAAUGGAUCACAACCCUCGCCAUCUCCGACAAGAGCGAUGUCUACAGCUACGGCAUGCUUCUACUCGAGAUAAUCGCCGGGAGGAAGAGCUACGAUCCCGAUUAUCCGCCGGAGAUGGCGCAUCUCCCGUCCUACGCAACUAGGAUGGUGGCGGAGCAAAAGGGGUUUCGUGUGUUGGACUCAAGAGUGGCGGGGGAGGCAGAGGGUGAUUGGCGGGUGGAGGCGGCAGUGCAGGUGGCGGUGUGGUGUGUCCAGGAGGAGCCAAGUCUACGGCCUCCGAUGAGGAAGGUGGUGCAGAUGCUAGAGGGGGUUUGUCCGGUGCCGAUGCCGCCGUGUACGGCGGAGAUGGGGGCGAGUUUGUGGUGGAGUAAUGAAGGAUUGGGAAUGAACUUGAAUGGGUGUUUUAGUGAAGUGAGGUUGUCGGAUGUUCGAUUGUCGGGACCUCGAUGA